AAUACUGAAUUCAUCAAAUCACCUGCAACAGCUUCAACUAGUCAGCUUUAAUUGUAACAUAUUUGUCACUCUGCACACAGCCUGACUAACACAUUGGGAUUCCUAAGAACCUCACUUAUAUUUACACUUACACAGCAGUCUGUGAGUUUUCCCUCUGUCCCUAACUCUUUGUCCCUCCCUUGUGCUUCCUAAUCCAAUCAUUCUUCUCUGCUGCUCUCUGUACCGCCCUCAUUCCACUCCCAGCCAAUGAGCAAGUGUCUUAGCUCCUUCCCCCACUUCCUUCCUCACAGCUACAGGAAGCAACAGAGCAGCGAGGGGAAAGGGGUUCACUUCCAGGUCAUUCCCUCCCACGAGGAGCCAAUGGAAAUGUGGGAGGAAGCGAGUGACACAGGGAUGAGGGAAAAGGAGAAUAAAAACAAGCGGAACAAGAGAAUUGUGAAUCUGACACUGGAGAUGAUCUAUCUGCUGACUGGAGAGCACUACAUCCCUAGGAAGAAGUCAGAUGAUGGGGGGGCCCUGCAUGCCCCUGGCUCCGUCAUACAGAAGGAAAAUAACAAGAAUGACAAGAAGAUCCUGGAACUCAUGUCCAACAUCAUCCAGCUGCUGACUGGAGAGGUUGCCAUAAGGACUGAUGAUGUUUCCAUCUAUUUUUCCUUGGACGAGUGGGACUAUAUAAAAGGAAACAAGGACCUUUAUGAGAAAGGGAUAAAAGAGGAGCCGCAGCAGCUCUGCCCACUGGAUGGAGAUUAUGAAGAUAAGAGAGACAUUAAAGCUGAUCUGGGAGUGACAUCAUGUUAUAAUAAUGAGCCAAGCAAGAUUGGGGCUGAAGGAGCAGAAUUUUGUCUUGAUGGAAAUCUCACAAACCUGGAAACUCCUCCAGAGGAACAGCCCCCACCAGCAAAUGGGAUUAAAGAGGAAGUGACUUCAUGUGAAGGGGGAAACCAAUCAGAUUGCAGCAUUAAUCAACUUACAGAACAGAUACAGGGAACAGAUACACCUACUCCUAUCAUGGGAUGUAGUCCAAUUCAAGUGACACAUAAUUAUAUUUCUGUGGUUAUUAAAGAGGAACCAGAUUCAUCUGAAGAGAAAAAGAUGCAGCGUGCAGAUACUUCCACGGUCAUGAAGAUAGAUUGCAGCAUUAAUCCAAUUACAGAACAAAUACAGGGAAUUGAUACACCUACUCCUAUCAUGGGAUACAGCCUGAAUAAUCUCUUUGAUUUAGGAACAAUUACAAUUACACAGCCAACAUACAUUUCUAUUCCUAUGUUGGGGUGCAGCCAAAGCAUGAAUUUACCUGCUAAUUAUUUAGCAAAUAAUGAGUCAACUUCAUGGGAAGGGGGCAACCUUUCAGAAUACAGAAUGAUUUCAAUACCAGGAGCAGCUACAGUUGCUAAUGAUUCCAAACAAACAGUACAGGGAAAUCUCACAAACCCUCAAAUGUCUCCAGUGGAACAACCCCCACCAGCCAAUGGGGUUAAAGAGGAAGUUGCUUUAUGGGAAAGGGAAAACCAAUCAGAUAUCAGCAUUAAUACACUUACAGAACAGAUACAGGGAACAGAUACACCUACUCCUAUCAUGGGAUGUAGCCUGAAUAACAGCUCGGCAUGUGAUAUAAAAGAGAAAGUGGAUUCAUGGGAAGAGGGAAACCAAUCAGAUUGCAGCAUUACUCCACUUUCAGAACAGAUACAGGGAACAGAUAUACCUACUCCUAGCAUGGGCUGCACCCUGAAUAACAGCUCAGCAGAUACAUCAAAUGGUAUUAAAGGGAAAGUGAUUUUAUGUGAAGGGGGAAACCAAUCAGAUUGCAGCAUUAAUCCACUUACAGAACAGAUACAGGGAACAGAUAAACCGACUCCUAUUGUGCAAUACAACCCCUUAAUAACGCAGGAUAAUAAAGAUGAUGCAAAUGCUGAUACAUCCCCACAUGAAUCUCAUUUAACAAAACAGAUUCUUCAAAAAAGAGACAUCGAUAAACAUCAAAGAACUCAAACACAACUUAAAUAUCAUCACAGAACUCACACAGGAGAGAAACCAUUUCCUUGUUCUGAAUGUGGGAAACAUUUUGCCAGAUCAUCAGACCUUACUGUCCAUCAACGAACCCAUAGAGGAGACAAACCCUAUUCUUGUUCUAAUUGUGGGAUAUAUUUUACCAGAUCAUCAUCUCUUAUUGUCCAUCAACGAACCCACACAGGUGAGAAACCCUAUUCUUGCUCUAAAUGUGGGAAAUGUUUCUCAACACAUUCUAGCCUUGCUCGUCAUCAAACUACUCACACAGGAGAGAAACCAUUUCCUUGUUCUGAAUGUGGGAAAUGUUUUGCCAGAUCAUCAGAUGUUAUUGCCCAUCAAUGGACCCACAUGGGAGAGAAACCCUAUUCUUGUUCUGAAUGUGGGAAAUGUUUCUUGAAAAAAACUCACCUUAAAUAUCAUCACAGAACCCACAAAGGGGAGAAACCUUUCUCUUGUUCAGAAUGUGGGAAAUGUUUUACAUAUAAGAGUAGUCUUAAAUUACAUUUCAAAAUGCACAUAGGAGGAGCAGAUUUUUGUGCUAAUGGAAAUAUCACAAAACUUGCAGGGGGGAACCAAUCAGAUUGCAGUAUUAAUUCACUUACAGAACAGGUACAAGAAGCAGAUAAACCUACUCAUAUUGUGCAAUACAACCCUUAAUAACACAGCAAAAUAAAUAUUAUGAAAAUGCUGAUGCGUCUACACAUGAAUCUCGAGUAACAAAACAGAUUCUUCAAAAAAUAGAUAUCGAUAGACACCAAAGAACUGAAACACAACUUGAAUAUCAUCACAGACCCCACACAGGAGAGAAACCAUUUCCUUGUUCUGAAUGUGGGAAACGUUUUUCCAGAUCAUCAGACCUUACUGUCCAUCAACGAACCCACACAGGAGAGAAACCUUAUUGUUGCUCUGAAUGUGGGAAAUAAUUUGCCAGAUCAUCAGAUCUUAGUGUCCAUCGAUGAACCCACAGAGGAGGUCAACUCUAUUCUUGUUCUAAUUGUGGGAAAUGUUUUACCAGAUCAUCAUACCUUACUUUCCAUCAAAGAACCCACACAGGAGUGAAACCUUAUUCUUGCUCUAAAUGUGGCAAAUGUUUCUCAAUUUAUUCUAGCCUUGCUCGUCAUCAAAGUACUCACACAGGAGAAAAAACAUUUCCUUAUUCUGAAUGUGGCAAAUGUUUUGCCAGAUCAUCAGACCUUACUGUCCAUCGGCGGACCCACACAGGAGAGAAACCCUAUUCUUGUUCAGAAUGUUUUUUGAAACAAGCUCACCUUAAAUAUCAUCACAGAACCCACACAGGGGAAAAACCUUUCUCUAGUUCUGAAUGUGGGAAAUGUUUUACAUAUAAGAGUAGUCUUAAAUUACAUUUCAAAAUUCACAUAGGAGGAGCAGAGUUUUGUGCCAACGAGAAUAUCACAAACCUUGAAGGGGGGAUUCAAUCAGAUUGCAGCAUUAAUUCAAUUACAGAACAGAUAGAGGGAACAGACACACCUACUCCUAUUGUGAAAUACAACCCCUUAAUAAAUAAUAAAGAUGAUGAAAAUGCAGAUACCUCCCCAAAUGAAUCUCACGUAACAAAACAGAUUGUUCAAAAAAGAGACAUCGAUAGACACCAAAGAACUGAAACACAACUUAAAUAUUAUCACAAAACCCACACAGGAGAGAAACCAUUUCCUUGUUCUGAAUGUGGAAAACAUUUUACCAGAUCAUCAGACCUUACUGUCCAUCAACGAUCCCACACAGGAGAGAAACCUUAUUGUUGCUCUGAAUGUGGGAAAUGUUUUUCAACUCAAUCUGUCCUUGGUCGUCAUCAAACUACUCACACAGAAAAUAAACCAUUUCCUUGUUCUGAAUGUGGGAAACGUUUUGUGAGAUCAUCAUCUGUUACUGUCCAUCAACGAACCCACACAGGAGAGAAACCCUAUUCUUGUUCUGAAUGUGGGAAACGUUUUGUGAGAUCAUCAGAAGUUACUGUCCAUCAACGAACCCACACGGGAGAGAAACCCUAUUCUUGUUCUGAAUGUGGGAAACGUUUUGUGAGAUCAUCAGAAGUUACUGUCCAUCAACGAACCCACACGGGAGAGAAACCCUAUUCUUGUUCUGAAUGUGGGAAAUGUUUUUUGAAACAAAGUCACCUUAAAUGUCAUUUUAGGACCCACACAGGGGAGAAACCUUUCUCUUGUUCGGAAUGUGGGAAAUGUUUUACAAAUAACAGUAGUCUUAAAUUACAUUCCAAAAUGCACAUAGGAGGAGCAGAGUUUUGUGCCAACGGAAAUAUCACAAACCUUGAAGGGGGGAACCAAUCAGAUUGCAGCAUUAAUCCACUUACAAAAUAGAUACAGGGAACAGAUACACCUACUCCUAUCAUGGA